CAUACGUUGUAGCUUAUUCCAACAAUUUCAUAUCAUAUAACUAUAGUAUAGGGUAUAGCCGUAUAGGGUCAUGGUUUAGAGUUCAUUGUUUGCAUGUUUGGGUUAUGGAAUUAUGGUUAAGGGUUGAGGUUAGUUUUAGGGUUAAUUACUUAAUGUUGUGAUUUAGGAUAAUGUAUGGUUGAUGGUUAAGGUUAGUUUAAGGUUUCAGAUUUAAAAUGGUGUUAUAGGGUUAGGGUUUAGGGUUUAGGGUUAGGGUUUCUUCGUGGUUAUGCUUUGUGCACUACAAGAAAACAGAGGUUUAGUGUCGGCUGAGUUGAGUCGGUUCACUUAACCGACACUAAAAUUCUAUUUUGUGUCGAAGAUUUGUGUCGGUUACUUAACCGACACUAUUUUCUCCAAUUUUGCGUCGGUUAAAAUUAAACCGACACAAUUUUCAGCAUAUUUGAGUCGGUUUUACUUGUAACCGACACAACUAUUGUUGGUUUGGGUCGGUUUUGUUAUGAACCGACACAAUUCCACUUACCGCCCAAAUUUUAUUAGUGUUUUAAAUGACCGCCAAAAUUUUAGUGGCCAAACUUCCAUACCCGCCCAAAAAAUUCACCUCAACCAUUCUAAAUUUCAUAUGCCGCCCAUUCCAAUUUCCUUUAUUAUUUAAUCUUUACUAUUUUUCCCAGACCCAACAUAUCACGAUCCUCCUCCCAUGUGCUCAUCUCUCCCCCUCCCCUGCCCUCUCUCUUCUCCAAUGAACAAACACAAACCCAGAAACCCUCUUCUCCUCUACGACGAACAAACCCAGCAACCCUCUCGUCAUCUCUGAUGCUUCCCCUGCCCUCUCUCCUCCUCUCCGGUGCUUCCCCUUCCGCCAUCGAGAUCACCUCUUCGUCGAGUAGCCGCAAGCAAUCUCCACCGCCUUCAAUCUCCAGGAAUCGCUUGCCACCUUGGAGAACAACCGAAGAAGAUCAGCCGCUCGAUCUGUCUUUCUCUGAGCUGCAGAGCAACAGGAGAGAUCCACCACUCGAUUUGUCUUCCCAGCGUUUGAUCUGGGGAUUUUUCCUUAACCUCUGCCUGCUGGUUCACCUGCGCUUCCCCAAAUCGAAGAAGGCUGGUGUUGAUUUCUUGAUUUUCUGGAUUUAGAGGAUGAAAAGAGGCCAUUUGCUUAACCAAAGCAUUUAUUUUUACUGGCAGAUGCAAGCAAUAGCUACCACCCACUGAAUUCAAGGUAACAUUUGAUUGCUCAUGUCCUUGUACGAUACUCUUUAUAGUGUGGUGUACUCAUGUAGAGGAAAUGGCAAGCAUCAACUGCAGCACAAGAACAACCAGCAGCAGAAGCAGUAGGUUAAUGUGUGUUCUAAUUGAACUUUGAGUGUUCAGUAUAUGUCCUAACUUAACCUUGCUGUGAUCCAGGUUCAGCUUGGAGACUGGUGCUGGAAAUUUUAGUCUUUUCUGCAAUUCCUCAUAUGGCAGUAGAAGCAAGUCUCUGUCCUCUACUACUAAGUUGUUGCAAUUGAUUAAUUAUAUAAGGUAGGUAGGUGGUUGUACAAGAAAUUGCAGGAAUCACUGACGCCAUACAUUUAUUGCUUGGUUUGGAUAGUUGUAACUGGUGAGGAUGAAGUUUGAGGGCUGUGAGCUUCUAUGAAGUUGUUUUUAGUUGAGCUAUUAUGAUGUGCUUCUACUCUGUUUUGUCAUGACUUCUUGGGACUGGAUAAGUGUUCGUAGUGCUUUGUAUAUGGUUUAUUUAUUUCUGAUUGCUUCAGCAGUUGAGUUUGCUAGAGAGAGUAGUAACUUUGAACUCCUUUGAAUUAUGUUUCUAGGGUGGGAAAGGCUUGAAGGUCUUAAAUGCCUUGAGCGGACAAUUGGAAGCAAAAUUAUGGAAUCGAUGAAGAAAAGGCAAACCUGGAAACUAUAGUUACAGAGCAAGAAAAUGUUAUCUCAUAGAUCUGUAAUUGGUUCUCAUUAGGUUGAGUUUCAUCAUACAACAAUGAGUUUUUUUUUUAAAUUGUAUGUUAUUUACCACUGAUCCAUAAAUGAUAUUUGUAUCGGUUGUAUUCAUAUUAAUGUUAGAAUCUCAUGUUACAAAGAGUUCAUGUUUUCAAUUUGCAUGUUAAUAUAUGUAUAGUGGAUAUAUGAGCGGUUUAUAAUUAGCUACGCGAAAAUGCAGUGCUAGAUAUUAGUAUUUAAUUAUAGUUACAGGAAAUUAAUAAUUUGUAGAUGAAGUUGAGUAAGGAAUAUUAAAAGCGUGUGUUACCAUAUAAAAUAAGAAUGAAAGUUAAAUUAUACUAGAAAGCACGAAUAAGCACGAAUGUGAACAAAAUAAAAGCACGACAUAGACAUGAUCAGGCACGGCACGGCUUGACUCGUGCUUGGGCCUGGGCCUAAUAAAACUGUUAAAUGGGCUUGUAUGGCACGACACGAAAUUUAAUGGGUUGUGCCUAGCAUGGCACGAAUCUAGUCAUUCUUUUUUUUUUAUCCAAGAUAAGCCCCAAGGCAUGGCCGGACAACAAAAUACAAAACAUAUAAUAAUAAAGAACGGUAAUCCGUAUGCAACCGGAUUCCCGAUGAAAGAGCUUGUUAUGCCACUAGGUGGGCAGCUCUGAGAAAGCUCCAAGGAGCGAAAAGACACGAAACUGACACGAGGGCAGAAAGAGAGAGAAAAGAAACUUCCCUGAAAGUGGCUCAUGCACUGGGAAGAGAAUGCUUCCUCGAUGUAGGAUCCAUGUUGAUCAGUUGAGAAACCCCGCAAUAUGUAACAAUCAAUACAUUAAGGGUAAGAUACAAUCACAUAGCCUCACUAAAGACAAGCAAUUUGAUAUGAUCAUCGAUAAUACCAUAAUAGAAUUAUGAAAGUCAAAUGGAAUAGUUUCAUCACCUGAGAAGCCGACCGAGUCAGUUGCACAUCCUUGAAGAUUCUUUGUAACAAUUGAAUAAAUCAUUUAACGAGACUUGCUUUCCAUCAUAGGUUGAGGAGAUGCUUGAUCAUAACUUCACAAUACUAAAUUUUCCUGUACAGAUACCAGCUACAAAGGCACCACAAGGUGCUAAAAAUCUCUAAAUGAAGAGAUUAAAAUCUG